AUGCUCUCGAGCGCCGAGGCCAUGGAGACAUUCGGUGCUGGCCUUGCGGCGCACGUGUCAUGCCCUUCGACCAUCUUCCUCGUCGGCGACCUCGGCUGUGGCAAGACGUGCUUCGCCCGCGGCUUCGUGCGCGCAUGGACGGACGACGCCGAUAUGCAUGUCACAUCGCCGACGUAUCUGCUCCUAAACACCUACGACGACGCGACCAUGGCGCGAUCGCUGUAUCACAUGGACCUCUAUCGUCUCGACAGCGUCUCUGCUGUCGACGCCAAGGCCAUGGGCCUCGAGGACGCGUUUGCGUCGAGCGUCAACUUGAUCGAGUGGCCCGACCGGCUCACAUCUGACCUUGUGCCUGCAGACCGCCUCGAGGUCCACAUUGCGUACACCGAUACGGAAGACGAACGAGCCGUGGAGCUCAAAGCCUUUGGUCCGUCAUGGAAAAGCGCGCUUCGCUGGUUCGAGGCUACGCAGGCUCAGUGA